ACCUGCAUACAGACACACCCAUUUUAGAGCUGAGCUCACAUUCUGCAGAUUCUGUACUGUAGACAAAGCUAGCUAGCUAGAGUUGUAAGAAGUAAUACACUAGGGAAUACAAUUGAUAGCAGUGAGACCAAUGGCCGCACAAUCCUUUGCUCCAAGGGAAGUUUUCUCCAAGGUGGAGCUCUCCCUCUCUUGUGAGAAUCUGAAGGAUCUUGACCACUUCUCCAAGAGUGACCCAGCUGUGUUCAUCUAUCAGGCCAGCAGCAAUGGCGACACUUGGGUCUUGAUGGACAAAACUGAAGUCAUUGACAACAACCUCAAUCCAAAGUUUGCCAAGACGAUUUUGAUGAACUACCAAUUUGAGGAGAUUCAGAAGCUCAAGUUUGUUGUGUACGACAUAGACGACAAGAAGCAUCUCGAGGACACUAGCAAGCAUGACCUCAUCGGGCAGUUGGAGUGUACACUGGCUGACAUUGUGACAGCUGGUCAGGAGUACAAGAGAACCCUCAGGGCAAAGGGUGCAACUCGUGGUAAGAUAGUUAUUCGUGUGGAGGAGGUACAGGACUCAAAGUUCAACAUUGAAAUGCAUCUCACAGCUACCAAACUAGACAAGAAAGACUUCUUUGGAAAGUCGGACCCAUUCUUUGAGAUAGCCAAGUCCCAAGAAGGUGGUACAUUCACUGAGGUGUACAGAUCAGAGCCCAAGCUCAAGACUCUGGAUCCAAUUUGGCCAUCAUUCUCCAUGUCCAUUCAGAGACUAUGCAGUGGUGACUGGGACAGGGUCAUCAAGUUCACUGUCUGGGACUGGAACAAGUCAGGUGAUCAUGACUACAUUGGUUCGUGCACUGCCACUCUUAGGGAGAUAUGCCCUGAAAGAGGGGGCCAAGUGUACAAUCUAGCUGUCAUGAAUGAGGAAAAAAAGAAAAAGAAAAAGUACACAAGCUCUGGGACACUAAAUUUCAAAGUUGUGAGGGCUACUCCAGAGUACAGUUUCAUGGACUUUGUUAGAGGAGGAUGUCAGAUUAAUAUGCAGAUGGCCGUUGAUUUCACUGCGUCCAAUGGCAACCCACAAGAGUCCUCGUCUCUUCACUACAACAAUCCUUACUCAGACAAUGAGUAUGUGCAGGCCAUCAAGAGUGUGGCGAGUGUGUUGGCCCCGUACGACAGUGACCAGCUCAUACCAGCAUUUGGUUUUGGUGGGAGAUUACCUCCAAAUGGUGACGUCUCGCAUUGCUUCCCUCUCAACUCCAACUUUCAAAAACCAGAGGUGUACGGAGUGCAGGGUAUCCUGGAUGCCUACCACUACACACUGAGUCAGGUGCAACUGUACGGGCCGACCAAUUUCUCUACAUUCCUGGACAAGAUAAUUGAGAGCUGUCAGGACUCUAUCACCCAGGACUCUCAGAGCUACAACAUCCUCCUCGUCAUCACGGAUGGUGAGAUCUCGGACAUGUCACGGACCACUGACCGGAUUGUGGCCGCUUCCAAACUACCUCUCUCCAUCGUGAUAGUGGGAGUGGGCGGGGCCGACUUCACCAAGAUGGAAGUACUGGAUGCUGACGAUAAUCCCCUAGCUAACAAGUAUGGUGAGAAGAUGACCCGGGACAUUGUUCAGUUUGUACCACUACGACAGUUUAAGAGCAAAGGAGGUGCAGACUUCUCACUGGCUCGUGAGACACUGGCUGAGAUCCCGGGACAGUUGACCUCCUUUAUGAAGGCCAAUGGACUCAAACCCAACCCUCCACCACUCAGAACCAGGCACAGCGUCAACUUGCAAGACCCCACCCCCCCUGGAGUGGUAGGAGCCACGCCCCCCUACCCCACUGAUGCACCGGCUGGACAACCACCCUACCCACUUUAGAGAGACUUUACGAUUAUAAAAACGAUUAAGAUCACCCCAAAAUUUUUAUGUCAGCUUCAUGUGUUAUUUUUUAUGGUGGUUACAGUAUUAUGUCUGCAAAAAAUGUUUAUGACAAUUUUUACUGUUA